AACAUUUCUCCUUGAGGAGGAGCUUUCUGUGUUUUGGAAGCGCACUCGGAUGACUGCGGGAUAUAACACUGUGACAGGACAUUUAAAAAUCUUGUUUGAGGAGUAAAUUUCAUGGAAAAGUGUUGUUUUCUUUUUGUGCUGGAGUAAUAUGAAAUGCAAUUUUAUUCUAGUGCUUUUGGAGAGAAUAAACUGAUGAAAUGGCACGUUCACUGAUUCACGUGAGUCUUGUGUGCAUUUUACUGAUUUUUACGGCCAGUCUUCAAACUGGAAACGUUGAGCCAAGAUUUGAGGAGGGGAAGAUGUCCUGUCAAGGUGCUUUCGACUUGUAUUUUGUCCUCGACAAAUCAGGAAGUAUCCAAAACCACUGGAUUGAAAUUUACUCCUUUGUGGAGCAUCUUGCUGAAAAAUUCACAAGUCCUAUGUUACGGAUGUCUUUCAUUGUCUUCUCAACCCGGGGAACUACAAUUAUGAGACUCACAGAGAACAGAGAUGAUAUUACCAGAGGCUUAAAUACGCUAAAGAGAGAAAUACCAGGAGGUGAUACAUACAUGAAUCUUGGAUUGGAAGAGGCCAAUGUGCAGAUAUAUCAUGGGAAUUAUGGAGCAGCCAGUGUGAUCAUAGCACUGACGGACGGGGAGUUAAACGACCAUCAGUUUGUCACAGCACAGCAAGAGGCGCAGAGAGCUCGGUCUAUGGGAGCCAUCGUUUACUGUGUGGGUGUAAAAGACUUUAAUGAGACACAGUUGGCCACAAUUGCAGACACCAUAGAGCAUGUUUUCCCUGUAAUUGGAGGAUUCCAGGCGCUUGAAGGAAUGAUAGACUCUAUCAUCAAAAAAUCCUGCAUUGAGAUUUUAGCUGCCGAACCGUCCAGUGUGUGUGCUGGAGAUUCCUUCCAAGUGGUUGUGCGGGGAAAUGGAUUUUUGCAUGCCAGAAAUAUCAAUCAGGUUCUGUGCAGCUUCAAAGUCAAUGACACAUCUACAGUGAAUGAACGACCAGUCAGCGUUGAAGACACUCUCCUUCUUUGCCCUGCACCAAUCAUAAACGAAGCUGGGAAGGUGAUUUAUCUGCAGGUUAGCAUGAAUGAGGGCUUGUCCUACAUCACAAGCUCAGUGCACAUCACCACUGCUGAAUGUUUUGAUGGGACCAUCCUGCUGAUCUCCCUGCUGGCUGUUUUCCUGUUGUUGGGUCUGGUGUUGAUGUGGUGGUUUUGGCCUCUGUGCUGUACCGUGGUCAUCAAGGAAGUGCCUCCACCUCCUCCACCCGAGCCUGAGUCUGAUGAUGAAGAUGGCAUGCCCAAAAAGAAAUGGCCUACAGUAGAUGCGUCCUACUAUGGAGGAAGAGGAGUCGGUGGAAUCAAAAGAAUGGAGGUGCGGUGGGGGAACAGGGGCUCCACGGAGGAAGGAGCUAAACUGGAGAAGCCAAAGAACGCUGUUGUGAAAAUGCCUGAAGAUGAAUUCGAACCCUAUGAACCCAAACUCAGAAAGACUUAUGGGCGCAGACCUGACCACCACAGAAAGUGGUACAGUCCUAUUCGGGGGAAACUGGAUGCUUUGUGGGCCCUUUUACGUCGAGGAUAUGACCAGGUGUCACUCAUGAGACCUCAGCCUGGAGAUCAGGGGAGAUGCAUCAACUUUACCCGGGUGAAAGCAGAGGAGCCAAGGUCACCAGCACACAGCCACCUUCCACCUCCACCGCCCCCUCCAGACCAUCAGCCUCUCAUGCGACCUCCGCCCAAAAGGCCACCAUCCGGUGGACCCUCCAUUAACCGCUCACCCCCAGGACCUCCACCAACCCGGGCUCCCCCAGGCCCCCGCAGACCCCCACCUUCACGACCGCCACCCUGCCCUGGGAACAGUCAUUGAGAACAAUGGAGGGCCUUCACUGCCACCCUAAAAUCUCAGCCUUUAAUUCAAAGUUGUGAAAUUUACCAAAGCUACUGGUUUCCCACAGGUUCAGAUCAACGAGGGAUUAAAACCUGAGGUACGCUAUUGAAAAUAAAGCUUCUUUAUCGAAAUCUGUGGUUCCAUAAAGAACCUUUGCACUCUUAAAGGGAUAUUUCACCCCAAAAUUUACAUUUUGUCACCAUUUACUUGUACUCAAGUGUUUCUAAAUGUUCAUGAAUUAUGUUAUUAUUGUAAUAUUGGAAGAAGAA